AUGUCUUUUGGAGUCGAAUUAACACGAACACGCCCAAAACCACAAAGCUGCUGUGACUGCACAUUUCCUCUUUUCUGUUUCCCUGUUUGUUACCAGUGCAAAAAAGUUGUCUACAACUGCAGCCAUCAAACUGAUAUUCGUCGUCGCACAGUUGCACUGAGUGUCAAGUUAACUCGACUUAUGAAUGACUAUCAAACACUUUUAGAAUGUUUUGACCCAACAAAUCCGGAAGGGUUUCAGCCGCUGAAAGACCAAUUUUUAGAAAUGGUUAACACCCUUGUUAAACAAUCUUUUGAGCCCGAAGACACCUCAUUUGAGAGGCAAAAAGCUGUUCAGAGGUCUCAAGAAAUAAAGUCGAAAAUUCUCAAUGAAGUAUUUGAGACGGAACAGGCUUAUAAUGCUGACCUGUUAUUAACUCUCCAAUAUUAUAUUCCUCUUGUUCAAAAGGAACUUAAAAGUGAUGGUGUAGAGUUUGAAACUAUUUUAGAAAAAAUUUUGUAUCUUUCGAAUGAUUUUGUCUAUGUUCUUGAAAAUAAGAAAGAAACGAUAUUAGAAGAGAUUCAAACACUUAUUGGAAGACUCGACAUUUACGCAGACUACUUCGCACUGUACCAUAAAAACUGUAAAAAGCUCGAGGAGAUGAGGAAGAUGGAAAGUUUUUUGAAAUUGAAAAACAACGGGCUGUUUCUCAGAAAACUCGACGUCAUGGACUUUUUGGUCAAACCACUCCAACGACUGACAAAGUACCCACUGUUACUUAAAGAGGCGAAAAAGUAUUUAGUUGCUCCAAAUGAAAUCACGUGGGUGACUAAAGUCGAGACACGGUUGCAAGAGGUCAUCCAAACGCAGAAUGAAAGGCAAAGGAAGUUUGUGUCGAACGAAAUGCUCAAAAACAUUGAACCCAAAUUGAACUGGAAAAAACAUCAAAAAAUUGACUUCACCCAAGCGGACUUACUUUCAGAGAGUGAUGUAAGUGCUUAUGAAAUCUCCAAAAAGGAAAAGAUUCUCGACAAAUUGCUUACAUUCCACGAUCGGAUAUUAUUUGCAAAGAGCGGAGUGUUGGGAAAAUAUGAUGUUAGUGAUAUUGUCUUAUUCACUGAGAUAGAGCUGAACACAAAAAGCACUGUACAGAAGGAGGUUGAACUUAAAAUAAAACGAGAGAAUCCAAAGAAGUACAAUAUCACGUUUAAGUCGCAAAACGAGAAGAGCGUCUGGAUCACUAAAUUCAAAGAAUUUACUGCUAAAAAAGACACUUUUGGAUUGGUCAAAAGCACAACAAGAAGCGAAGUACAAACACUGAAAAAACCAAAAGAAAAAGACGUAUUUUCACUCUUACAUAACUACUCGUCCUCAACAAUGGGUAAACUCACAACGUCUGAAGAAUUUGUACAUGUGUCAAGACAGUCUUUGCUUUAA